CAGCAGACUGUCUGCCACACACUGAGCCAACUGGAUGCAACGCAUUAGAGCCUAGACAGAAUGGAUUUCCCCAAUUGCACUGAAGGGGUGUUUGCCACAAGCAGCAGUGGCAAUGAGUCACUGGAGACCACUAAACUUCCUCCCAGUAAAGUCCUGCUUACGGUGACCCUGUCUGUACUGGCUAUCCUGACUACAUUCUUCAACUGCCUGGUGAUCACAGCUAUUGCCGUCACCCGCAAGUUGCACCACCCCGCCAACUACCUCAUCUGCUCAUUAGCAGUGACGGACUUGCUGGUGGCUGUGCUGGUCAUGCCCUUCAGUAUCAUGUACAUCCAGAAAGAGAGCUGGGUCAUGGGCGAGGUGGUGUGUACCAUAUGGUUAAGUGUGGAUAUCACCUGUUGCACAUGCUCCAUCUUGCACCUUGCUGCAAUCGCCAUCGACCGUUACAGGGCCAUUACUGAUGCAGUGGAGUACUCUCGCAAACGCACCGGGGCCAGAGCUGGGGCGAUGGUGGCAGUGGUGUGGCUCCUGUCCAUCCUCAUCUCACUUCCUCCUCUACUGUGGCGGCACUACAGCGGAGAUGCAGAGCAUGAAGGCCAGUGCAUCAUCAUCCACCAUCACAUGGCCUUCACCUUGUACUCCACUCUUGGAGCAUUUUACAUCCCCCUGCUGCUCAUCCUCAUCCUCUACUACAAAAUCUAUCGGGCCGCUCAGACCCUCUACAUGCGCAGAGAGGCCAGCCGGGCUAGCCGUCACUCAUGUAUGACCAAUGGGAGCAUGAUCCCGUCGUCCUACCCUGCCGGAGAGGGCGACGCCGAUGGGGGACCACGAAGUCCGGAGCCCAUAAGCCCACCAGAAAAGUCUUUCUCUGAACCCUCAACUGAGGAACCUCCACCCCGUGAACGGGUGCGCGUAUCGGUAAAGGCUUUCAAGUGCAAGUCGCGCAGGCAUGACUCACGUAGUGAGUCACGUCGGAGCCAAUUAUACCAAGGACCACGGAUCUCAGGCUCACGGGAGCGCAAAGCAGCAUCCACAUUGGGCUUGAUAAUAGGGGCCUUUGUCAUCUGUUGGUUGCCAUUUUUUGUCAAGGAGGUGAUCGUCAACACCUGUGGUUCUUGCAGUACUUCAAUGGAGAUGGCUGACUUUCUGACAUGGUUGGGCUACCUCAACUCACUGAUCAACCCCCUCAUCUACACCAUAUUUAAUGAAGACUUCAAAAAAGCUUUCCAAAGACUCAUUAGAUGCAGUCAUUAUCUCUGA